CCCCCCUUUCUCCCUCUUCACCUUCUUUUAAUCAUCCAUCCUCAUUCACCCCAUCUAUCUACUACAUCAUCCACCCAGUCUUCUCUCUCCAUCUCCCAUCUUCCUGCAGUCUCUCUAUCUCUCGUCUCUGCUCUGGUCCUGCCAGGAAGAUGAUGGUGACGGUGAUGAUUUGACAAUGAGCCUGGCCAAUGAUCAAGCAUGACGGGAGUAUCAGGGGGUGUGUCCACUGUCUAGCUUGGGGCUGAUUCAGGAGUCAGACAAGGAAGAAGGAGAGAAACAGGGAGGUGGAGGAGACGGAGAACAUACACCGGCUUAAAAAGGGGGGAAAGAGGAAGAGGAGGAGCAGGAGGAGGAGGGAGGGUGGAGGCUGUCACGGCUCCACGGGGGCUCAAUCUGUGCUGUCAUGGACAAAUAUCGACCAAAGAGGCCCACCACGCUAGCUCUUAUGCCACAACGACCACAAGCCGGCACCCAGGACACUAUUAACAACAAUUCUUUAGGGAAGAAGGAUAGCUGGAAGGACUCUCGAUCUUCUUCCCCACACAUUACAGGGGAUCAAACACGACCCGAUAGCCAAUCAAAAGCAGAGGACAAAGUCCGACCCUGCACCCGCCGCCCAGCCCCUCAACCUCCAACUGUCAAUGGGGCAAACAGCAGAGCCAGCACUCAAGCUGCAGCUGGCGACACGCGGGCUCGACCGCGAGAAAAACAUCCGCAAGGAGCCACGCACACUCAGUCCUUCAGCAUGCCUCGGAGCCAACGGAGAGGGGCAGCAGCGGGAGCAGGAAGAGGAAGAGGGGCAGGGAGAGGAACAGGCACAAUGAGAGAGAGGAGCUUGGGGGACAUCAGAGGGAAGGAUGGAGUGACAUCAGGGAGGGAAGAACGAAGGGGUGGAAGACUGUGUGAUGAAUCCAAGGGGAAGGAGAAAGAGAAAACCAUCAAUCAAAGGGCAAAAGAAGCAAAUGGACUUAAAAGCUCAGGCUCAGAUGGGAGGGCAAAACUAUAUUCCAGAAAGGAUAACCCGAGUGGAAGAAGGGGGAAGCCCAACAACUCACUUCCUAACCAAGUUUACCUGACAGCCAUGGUAGUCCCACGCACACCUGUAGCACCAAGAAAAGAGGACAAGACCCAAGUCCAAGGCCAAAACCAUGACAGGAAAAGUCAUAAUCCCACUGUUCGUUCCCAGUCGAGCAGUGAGGGGGCAUCCAACAGAAUGUCCCUAAGCUCAGACACUGAAGGACCUCCAGCAGAACCCCAGCAUCCUCCUUUAUCCCAUCCUGCAAACCCUGACAUCCGUGAAGAAGAAGCGGAGGGAGCAUAUUCCACCUGUAAACUCCAUCAAAGUACAAAAUCCUGCCUAGAAAGUGAUGCAAAAUCAGAGAAGACGCAAUUAAAAAUGAAGCCAGUGCAUGGAAAUGGUGAUAAUGUGACUGAAGCGGAGAGCACCAAAUCUGUCUCUCGGGCAGAUCUUGUACGCGCACAAACUGUACCAAUGAAUGAAGCAUCUGCAGUGUUAGACUGUGACUCUGUAAAAUACACUUUGGCGGUUGAUGAACAUGCUCAACUGGAACUGGUUGGCGUCAAGGACUGCUUGCACGGUAAGAGUGGACACAAUGAUGACAGCGAUGCUGAGACGGUCUAUCAGUCAGCCAAUGAGGAGGAAGACCCUGAGUAUAAGGAGGAGAGGAAAAGGAAAGAAGAUGAAGCGAGGAAGCAAGGUCGGAGCAAAGAAGAAGAACUGAAAAGAAAGGAGGAAGAGAAGAGAAAGAUGAAAGAAGAAGACCUGAGGAGGCGGCGGGAGGAGGAAGUGAAGAGGAGGAGGGAGGUGGUGGCGAGGGUCAGCAAGCAGCCCAAAAUAAUGUCAACCAAAACAUCAGACCAGGAGGAGUCUAAUGGGGGGAGAGCAAGUGCCCCCAGAAGCAAGAAGUUCCUCAACCUGUUUUCUUCUGACAAUGACUACAAUUCCACUGGUGCUGGCUCAUUUGGUGUGUUUUCUUGUGUGUUGGAUGGAGUGGAGCAACAGCAGAGCCACAGAGCUGUGUACAGGUUUGUUCCUCGUCAUUCUGAUGAACUGUACCUGGAGACAGAUGACCCAGUCCUAAUUCUCAACCAGUCUGAGGAUCUGUGGUGUCAGGGUUAUAACAUGAGGACCGGAGCGACAGGAAUCUUCCCUGCUUUCUAUGCUGUCAGGCUAACCAAAAAUUCCAACAAAGGACAAAAGGAUGGUUCGAUAGAGCAGUUCCUGGUGCGAUUCUUAGGUUCUGUUCAAGUCCCCAUCCACAAAGGCAGUGAUGUGCUGUGUGCUGCAAUGCGCAAGGUUGCAUAUAACAGGCGAUUAGCAGGGCAGCCUCCCUCGGCCUGUGUGGUGGAGGUCAGUGUGAGAGGUGUGAAAAUCAGUGUCCAGGACCAAUGUCACUCUGCUCACAGGGGAGACCAGUGUUUCCAUUUCUUCCAUUUGAAGAAUAUCUCGUUCUGUGGCUGCCAUCCAAAACACAACAAGUACUUUGGUUUCAUCAGCAAACAUCCUGACCAACCACGCUUUGCCUGUCAUGUAAUGAUGGCAGAUACAACUUUACAUCCUCUGGCCAAGUCAGUAGGGAAGGCCUUCCAUCAGUAUUACAAGGAACACAUUGGGUAUUCUUGUCCCACUGAAGACAUCUUCAUUGAAUAACACUUCUUUUUGCUUCAAGCAACAGCUCUACGAGGGACUUUGAACAGAAGAAGCCUUUCGGAAAAUAGUGGAAGCGUGUUUGGAUCCAAAAGAGAAGUCCAGUUGCCUUGGAGGCAGGCUGGGUGAGAGAGUUACACCACACACUGGACCACCUCUUUAUUUAUGCGAGACUGCUUGCAUGUUUGAUUUCCUUCCUGUCUGCAUCCACGUACAGCCAACUACUCUCGCCUGUAGCUACUCUAUGUCACUUAGAGAUGUAUAGAUGGAAGGAAGGUUGGACCACAUGUGAACAAUCCACAAUUUUAACAUACAGCAUACUUGCCCUAGA